AGUUAUGUAUUUCUAAAAAGGAAACUUUUAAAAAAUUUGAUGAUGUCAGGGUACAAACACCUAGAUUCAAAGAAACACCAUGUCCACAUUCAAUGUUUCAAUAUCUCAGUUAGCAAAUCCCAGAUGGCGUCACUCAAUACCUUUCAUGGGUUUAUGUAAUGAAGUAAACACCCCCGUUCUAUUGAAGGGUCAUGAAGACUGGAAACGUCAACUGUGCUCUUCUCUGCCGAUGCUGCUAGACCCGCUGAGUUUUUCCAGGUUUUUUUUUAUUUUUUAUUUUUUGUUUUGGAUUUCCAGCAUCCGCAGUUUUUUGUUUUUAUAUUUUUAACCCCGCCUCUUGCCUUAUUGUGACUGACCCUCGCUAUAAAUAAACCAAGUGCCCAGAUCAGGUUCCCAGUGGACGAUCCCUGCUUUCUCUCGGAAUGGCUGUCCUUUUCCCAGAGAGUCUGGGGGUGAUCCGGGGCGCCCUGUCCGACCAGACCUGGAUCCUUCUCCUCACUUUCCUGUUCCUGCUGGGUUGGUACAGUGUUUUACCAUAUGGAUUUUUUAAAAAGAUGGGAGUUCCAGGCCCAAGGCCACUGCCAUUCAUUGGAACAGUACACCAUUACAGAAAGGGUAUGUUUGGGUUCGACACAGAAUGCUGCAAGAAGUAUGGAAAGAUGUGGGGGAUUUUUGAUGGGCAUCUGCCCAUUCUCUCCGUCAUGGACCCCGACCUGAUUAAAGUCAUCUUCAUAAAAGAGUUUUACACUUUGUUCACCAAUAGGCGGAACUUUGGUCUGAAUGGGCCACUGACUGAGUCCAUCCUGGUUGUCGAUGAUGACAAAUGGAAGAGAAUCCGAAGUGUGCUUUCGCCAGCCUUCACCAGCGGGAGACUGAAAGAGAUGUAUCCAAUAAUCAGUCACAAUGCAGGAAAUCUUGUGAAAAAUGCAGUAAAGAAAGCAAAGCUGAAUGAAUCUGCCGACAUGAAGGAUAUCUUUGGAGCGUACAGCUUGGAUGUGAUCACCAGCACUGCAUUCAGUGUGGACGUCGACUCCAUCAACAACCCCGAUGACUCACUUGUCAGAAACCUCAAGAAACUAUUAAAAUUCAACAUCUUCGAUCCUAAACUUAUCUUUUCUUUUAUUUUUCCUGCCCUUAUUCCAGCCCUGGAAAAACUUGAUUUCAGCCUCUUCUUCUCUAGAGAUAUGAGGGAAUUCUUCAUGAACAUUUUGACAAAUUUGAAGGCAAAGCGACAAAAAGGAGAGCACACUGUUCGGGUGGAUUUUCUGCAGCUGAUGGUUGAUUCUCAAAUAACCAAUACCAACUCCCAGAAGCAGAAUGAUGUCAGCAAGUCGACAAACAAAGCUCUGACUGACACGGAGCUUCUGGCGCAGUCCUUGACCUUGAUCAUUGCCGGAUACGACACCACCAGCAGUACAUUGUCAUUUGCCGCAUACAAUCUGGCGAUGCACCCGGACGUGCAGAAGAAGCUGCAGCAGGAAAUAGAUGAGGCUUUUCCAAACAAAGCUCCUCCCACAUAUGAUGGCGUGAUGCAGUUGGAGUAUAUGGAAAUGGUGAUAUUGGAAACCCUGCGACUGUUCCCUGCUGCACCCCGUAUUGACAGAGUGUGCAAGAAAGAUGUCCAGCUCAAUGGGGUAACUGUUCCAAAGGGGACUAUUGUCAUGGUUCCUGCCUACGUCCUGCACCAUGAUCCAGCAUACUGGCCAGAGCCCGAGGAGUUCAGACCUGAACGGUUCAGUAAAGAGAAUAGGGAGUCUCGGGAUCCUUAUAUCUUCCUGCCAUUUGGUGUGGGCCCUCGGAACUGCAUCGGGAUGCGACUUGCCCAACUUGUGAUGAAAGUGGCACUCGCUUCAUUCUUGCAACACUUGACUUUCGUGCCAUGCAAGGAGACACCAAUUCCAUUGGAUUUGGAUGUGACUGAAUUCAUGCAGCCUAAGAAACCCAUAAUCCUGAAAUUUGUGCCACGAGUCAACGCUGAUUUAGAGGAAUAAAGCACUUGGUCCAUGCGGAGCUAUGAAAAUAUGUAGGAGUGUGUGUGUCUCAAACUAAACAUAAUUAGGAUCUUACAUUACUCAUCAAAUGAAAAUACAUGGAAACGUAGGGCAGAAUCUUGUGGAUACAACUGGGAUCCCAGCCGCCAGUUAGAGAACCUGUGAGACUCCCACAUAGCCUUUCUUCUGGAAGGCCCACUGCAUCUUGUGCCACAUAGGCACUUAACAGGACUGUGGCUGGCCUUCCCCUGGGAACAAAGACCCUGCGGACAGAACUCCUGUCCACCUAGAGCUGCUUGCCAUUCAGAGCCCAGGAGCUCUUUUGUACACAGCAGCGUCACCAGGAAGUGGUGGCAGGUCCUCAUCCUGUUACCUCUCCACCUGUUUAAACCACCAAACUCUCCAUGGGGGAGACACAAGAUUCUGCCCCAACACAAUUCAAAAAAAUAUAUAGGAUCAGAGAAAUCAGUAAGGAUGCACUAAUAAAAAUCCAUGAUCUGCCUCCAGCUUUUGUACCUCUGAAUGUUGAGUGUGUCCAGAGAUACUAUAAUAGUGAUUAUUCAAUAGGAAAACAUCUGCCAACUGAAUAGUACCAUCUGAUCAAUAGAAUGUUGCAAAAAUGUAUUUUUUAACGUAGGUAUUUAAAUUAAUCAUUUGUGAUUAUAUAACUAUUUGACUAUUCAUGACCUAUCAUUCCAAUAUACCAAAUGCUUUCCAUAGAAAAUGUAUCUGUAAAAGAUUUUGUAAACAAUGACAUGUAUUUUUACCACUUAUUAAGCAACAUUACAUAUCUAACAAACUUCAAAUAAAUUUAAAAUCAUUGAGCUCAA